UUUCGAGUCUUGUUAGUUUACCAGUUUUUGGACGCAAUAUGAAGUUUACACUGUCUGUGGCUGUGAUUUCGUCGCUGGUGCUCUUGGCCCAGACGGACGAGAAGAAAGGAGUGGAGAAGCGGCACUUGGGCCUGGGCGCGGUAGGGUGGCCGUCAACCCCGACGUGGCCCUCGCCGUCCUGGGCGUCCCCAUCAGGUUGGCCGUCGGCGGCCUCUUCAGGGUGGCCCUCGGCCUCUUCAGGGUGGCCUUCGGCCUCGACCGGUGUCGUGGACCUCACCUCGGCCACCGCCGGCCUCACUCCUUCCUGGCCUGAGGUCGGCUGGCCCUCCGCCUACAACCAGCCCGAACUCGCCUACUCCAAGGCGGUGGCUCACACAUCGGCCCUGAACGGAGUAGCAGCAAUCAACGCAGCCGAAGUAGCAGCCGCCCUGACGGCAGCGAAAGAGGCCUCGACGGCAGCCGCGGUGGCGCAGCAACGCGUGCAGGCGGCCAAGGAGGCGGUCCUCGUGCAACAGCGGAUCGCGGCGGCGAAGGAAGCGGCAGCCGCAGCCGCCAUCCAGCGCUCCGAGGCGGCCGCUGCCACGGCGGCGGCCAUCCAACGCUCCGAGGCGGCAGCCGCGGCCAUCCAACGCACCGAAGCCGCCGCCCAGGCCGCCGCCGCCCUCCAACGCUCCGAGGCCGCAGCCGCGACCGCCGCCGCCAUCCAACGAUCCCAGGCCGCCUCCGCCGCCAUCCACAAACAGGCCCAGCUCGCCGUCCACCCCGCCACCGCCCACUGGCAACCCUCCUCCAAGCCCUGGAACGCUUGGGGAUAAGCGCACCCAGGAAUCACCGCCCACACAACGUGGCUCACCCACCGGCAGCAUCCCAAAUACCACUACCGCCUCAUUCUUCAAAUUCGUAGACAAAUCCAUAGCCAAAGAAGACAUGACCCAAUGUGGAGCCAUCCUCUUCCUUGAAAUCGCUCCGCUUCUGCUUCCUAUAGACUAACGGAGAAAAUGAUCGACUAACCAUAGGGUCUCUCUUGGGUUGCCGUCAGUUAGCCUAUUAAGUACCAACCCCCUUAGUUCAUUGAAACCACCCGCUUUCACCAGUUGGAUCCCGCGGAAAGUCCAAUUGGCAAUAAAUUUUACAAAUCAGGUCUCAUUGGAUGUUUUUAUUUUUUAUGCGAACCAGGGCCGA